ACUCCUACAAGUUGGACGCGGAUGAACCUUUAGUCCGUUCAUAUCUUGGGACAGAGGAGGGUUGGUCUCAUGAGAAUAUCUCAUAUUCAUGUGAUACUCCAAGGACUGCUGGACCUGAUUAUGGGGAGCACGAUUGUCAAAUGUGCGGUUGCCGAUUUGGGCAUCCAGUGGGCUGGAUGGGCUGUGGCGGCAGCCUUUAAAACGGAGAAGUUCUAUGACCUGGCAGGAUCAGGAACAUUUAUACUGCUAGCCCACCUGAGUCACCUGUGGGGCGGGGCUGGCCACGUCCGGCAGAAUGUGCAAACCGGCCUGGUGACCGCAUGGGGAAUCAGGUUGGGGACAUUCCUGUUCAUGCGUAUCCUGAAGGACGGCCAGGACCGCAGGUUCAACAACGUCAGAGACAAGCCUGGGACCUUCUUCGUAUACUGGAGCAUUCAAGCUGUGUGGGUGUUUAUGACCCUGCUGCCCACACUGAUGCUCAAUGCUGAGAGGCGGGAUGUGCCCGUGGGUGUGAGGGAUUACAUUGGCUGGGGCGUCUGGGGCCUGGGCUUCGUCACUCAGGCUGUGGCCGACCAGCAGAAGUGGUUCUUCAAGCGUGACCCAAAUAAUGCUGGAAAAUUCAUCCAGCACGGACUGUGGGCCUACAGCCGCCACCCCAACUACCUGGGAGAGAUCCUGCAGUGGUCGGGCCUCUGGCUCUCCGCCUCGUCCGUCAUGCAGGGCCCCCAGUACCUGAGCGCGGUGUCGCCCCUCUUUGUGUGGUUCCUGCUCCGCCACGUCAGCGGGGUGCCCAUCUUGGAGAAGCAGGCCCUGAAGAAGUGGGGAUCAGACCCGGCCUUCCAGAGCUACGUGCAGAACACCCCUCUGCUCUGGCCCUUUCCUCGGUUCUAACGGACACCCUUACCAGGCACUGAUGCCCAACGUUUACAUGAACAGUGUUCUUCUAAAGAUGAAACCCACUGUUGACUUGUUAGCUGACUGACUUGUGAAAUAUGUUCAGGGCUAUUGUAUACUUUCUAUCCAACUGUGAAUACUAGGAUUGCUUCACCUUUGUCAUAAUCUUGCUGCAUUGAAAACAAAAAUUAAAAAAACGCACCAAACCUCGAAACAAAAAACUACCGUUGCGUAUUGCGGGAAUGACAGAACUAAGUAAUCCUCCAUAACACAAGUCUUGUCCUUCAGCCUGGCCCACAAAGCUGACAUUAAGGGAAGUGCUUAAGCGAUUCAUAAAUAAUAAAACCACCCAGCACCACAAAACCCCAUACAGUUGCUACCCAUGAGAUAGUUUGCCUUUUUAUUUGCAGCGCCCUAAUUCAGAGCAUGGCAGUAACACAGAUGGGGUACACCACACAGAGGUAUUCGUGUGAAAUGUGUUGAUCGACGCAGCCUCCAAGAGUUAUGCUAUAUUGGUCUAGUGGUUUGGUAGUCAAACCACAAUCUACUGAAAUGUAAUGAAUAUUAAUUUAAUCAAUAUAGUGGGUAGUAUAAUAUAUAAUUUAAUAGGAUUUCCUGUUAAACUGAUAAUGGAUAGAGACUUGAAACAAGUAAAGUUG